AUGGAUUAUGACUUAUCACGUGUUGACUAUUCGAUUUGUGGGAUCACAUUUCCGGAUACACUAAAAAUAUUGCCCUCUAGUGUCGGUGCAAAGAUUCAGCAAAAGUUCACUAUUGGCGACAAAAAUGGCGUAUUGCAUUGCCUGGGUAUUAAAGACGAAGAACCAGUUGUGCAGUUUAAAACUUUACCAGGGAAACCAAUAACGUCUGUUCAACUUGCCUCGAACAUGGGUACACUAACAGAUAAAGUAUUUGCAGCAUCAGGUAACGAGGUCAAAGGUUACACUAGAAAAGGAAAAGUGUUCCUUACAAUCGAAACACCUCUUACCGAAACAAUUACAUCUAUGUGCGUUUUGGGUGUCGACUUAAUCUUAUGCAGUGGACGAACUGUGACAUGUUAUCGAGAUUUACGUGAAACACAUUCGUAUAUUUGUGACGAUAGAGUGCUAGACAUAGCAGCAUUUAAUACACCAAAUAAUAUACGAAUACGACUUCUUGUGCUGAUCGCUAACAAAGGAGCAGAGAUAUUGGAGAAUGGUUAUACAUUGGCCCAUACCGCCAUAUCCGCAGGACCAACCAGACUCGCAGUUCCUCCAUCACUACAUGUUCUUGAUGUGUAUGCAUUCUACGGCGCAGCUGAUGGUUCCAUAGGUCUCAUAGUUUAUGAAGACUCAACUUUAACAAGUAAAUGUCUAAUGGAAGGAAGAGGAUUGGGGGCUGUAGUGUGUCUAGGUUGGUUCAUGGGAAAUGGAGGAACACAUCUUGCUGUCGGUCGGCACGAUGGUUCCAUUCAGCUCUAUCUUAUUGACAUGGAAAACAUCGCUGGAAAACCACGCCUCAAAUUCACAUAUUUUUGCGGUGAGCCUGUAACAUCUGUAUGUGGUGGUUGUGUGGGUUCAGAAGACCAUGAAUUGCUGGCAGCUACUUUCUCAGGAAGAAUCUUCGGACUCCGGACACAACGUCUAGUUAUAGGUGUUGCCAAUAUAAAUAAUAUUUCACAAGAUGCUUUAACUUCCCGACGAGCUAAACUUGAAUCAGAAGUAGCCCGUUUAGAAAAACAAACUGCUAAUGAACGCGAGAAGUAUCAGCGCAAUACUCGAUCGUUACAUGGAGGACUAUCUGCACCACCGUUAUUGGAUAUACAGUAUGAGCUUCAAGGAGCCACUCGUGAUGGCUGGCAAGAAGUGAACAUCACAUCUGCUGUUCCUCUGGAUAUGUUGUUUAUUUAUUGUAACCUGGAACUAGAUCUAUUAACGGAUAAUGCAGCUGUACUGAGCGUAUGCUCAUCUCAAAGCAGCGUUAAGGACCUUUUAGCAACAGUGCGAUGUCAGGCUGGUACUAGAAGUGUUUGGGUGCGUAUGCGCUAUACACCCCAGACAAACAAUCCAGUAUCCAGGGCGGAAUCUGUACAAGUACUCAUAUAUGCUUUACCAGCGGCUGCUCCUAGAGUAGCUCGCCUUAUUACACUGCGGUUACCGGUUUUGCCUUACUACUCUCUUCACGAGAAUAUGGAUUCGGAAAACGAAGAAAGAUCCUGGUGCCAAGUACACGUUACUGGUAGUUUCUCAGUGGCAGAAAUAACAUCCUGGUUAGCUGACGCUUUGCCUGGUGAUUUACCUCGACCUUCGGCAAACGUAGCUUUCGCACGCUCACAUACACUUCUUCGAACCGUACUUAUAUGUAGAUAUCAGCGAGGAAUGGCCAUAUUCAUAUCGGACAACGUUACAACAAUAGCCAUUAUCAAAGAUAUUAUAUCGAACUGUUCGGUAAAGAAAAAUAUUCGUAUAGAAAUUUCGUGUGACAUUCCAGAUAAUUGUUGUGUGCAAUCAUUUCAUGGAAUAAAGGAUCAGUUUAUAUCUGAAUAUCAAACAUAUAAGGAUAACAAAUUAAAGAAUGCUAUUGGCGCGCUAGAUUUAGAUGACAAAAUAGGGAGUGAUGAUGCAGCUAUAGUGUGCAACGAUUACCAACGCGUUUUAAAUAUUCCCGAAGCUGUUUUGGCAAACACACAUUUUGAAGAGCUUGUAGAUACUAUAGAAAAUUGGUAUAUAGACUUCCAAACACUUAAAUUGCGAAAUGGUGACUGUACUACUGAAGGGAUAAAAUUACACAAGGCUCUGUAUGAUUGUGAAUUGGAACAGGUAUUAUUAAUGCUCGCUAAUAAAAACGCACAUCCACAUGACAACUGA